AUGCAAUCAGCUGGCUAUGUUCAAUCAAAAGCAAACUAUUCUUUAUUCACAAGGAAACAAGGCAAGUCUUUUAAUGUUCUUCUGAUAUAUGUUGAUGAUAUUCUAAUUACUGGGAAUGACUCUGCUAGUAUUUCUGCACUUAGAAACUUUCUGCAUAGUCAAUUUCGUAUUAAAGACCUUGGGAACUUGAAAUAUUUUCUUGGCAUUGAAGUAUCACCUUCUGCCCAUGGGAUCUUUAUUUCCCAGCGGAAAUACGCUCUAGAGAUCAUUAAAGAUGCUGGAUUGUUAGGUGCAGCUCCAAUUGAUACUCCCAUGGAGCGUGGAUUGAAAUUGUCUGAUAAAAGUGAGUUGCUCAAGGAUCCAUCUCGAUAUAGGAGGCUAGUUGGGAGGUUGAUCUAUCUUACGAUUUCGCGACCUGAUAUUACCUAUCCAGUUCAUGUUUUGAGCAGUUGCAUGCAUGAACCUAGAAAAUGUCAUAUGGAAAGUGCUCUCCGUGUUGUGCGAUAUCUUAAGAAUGCACCUGGUCAGGGUUUAUUUUUCUCUUCAGAAAGUGAUCUCAGGUUGCGAGCUUAUUGUGAUUCUGAUUGGGCAGGUUGCCCAAUUACUAGAAGGUCUAUUACAGGCUAUUGUGUCUUUCUUGGACCCUCUUUGGUUUCAUGGAGAUCAAAGCGGCAGAAGACCGUUUCUCUCUCUUCAGCAGAGGCAGAGUAUAGAGCAAUGACGGGGGCUUGCUGUGAAUUGACUUGGUUGGGAUUUCUUCUCCAAGAUUUGGGUGUAUUGCAAUCAAAACCUGCUCUACUAUACUGUGAUAAUAAGGCAGCGCUGCAUAUUGCUGCUAAUCCUGUUUUUCAUGAAAGAACGAGACACAUUGAAAUGGAUUGUCAUUACAUCAGAGAUAAAAUUCAAGAUGGCUUCGUUGUUACAAAGUUUGUGAGUUCUUCACAUCAGUUAGCUGAUGUUCUUACUAAAGCAUUGGGAAAAGAAGUCUUCAUUCCUAUGAUUCGCAAGUUGGGAGUUCGCGACAUCCACUCUUCAACUUGA